GGCAGUCAGCUUUCGAAUGACAAGCGCAUUCAGGAAGGCGAUGACUCGAUCAAUGCUGAAUCGUCCUCCAAAGUACCUGAAGAAGGUGGUGUGCUAAAAAAGAAGAAAAAGAAGUUAGGAGGAUCGGAUAAGGUUCGCGAAAAGAAGAGGAUAGCUGCUGAACAGGCUCGUAAUGAAGCAAUCCUGAAUCAGAGAGGGAACGAAGACCUCAUUACGGGACUGACUACUGACAUUUUGCAAAAGCUCUAUUGGUUCUUACAACUAGUGCUCGAAGGAGUCCCGAUGGGCUGUCCCGGUCAUAAAGGAUUUGGCGUUCGGGCACUGCGAGAGAUUCCAAAAGGAGUGUUCAUUUGUGAAUAUGCUGGAGAAGUUUUGAAUAAAGACGAAGUCGAACGGAGAGCAGUUUCCACUCAUGAUCAUAACUAUACUUUAACUAUCAGAGAACAUGGAGAAGAGGGUAUUGUGACGACCUUCUUUGAUCCGCGACAUCGAGGCAACUUGGCUCGCUUCAUUAAUCACGCUUGUGAACCCAAUCUUUCUAUAGUGAUUGUACGAAUUGGUUAUACUGUGCCGCACGUGGGGUUGUUUUCAAACAGGGUAAUCCAAGCAGGAGAAGAAAUUUGCUAUGAUUAUGGUACAUCGGCGUUGUCGCUAGAAAGCGGAAAAGAAUGUCUCUGCGGAUUUCCAUCAUGUAGAAAAGUUUCUGCCAAUAGAAUCCCGACGAAGAAUCGAAAGAAACUGAAAUCAGUUGAUCCAUUCAACAAGAAGGCACCGGCUCUGAAGGCGGAGGCAAUGAGCGAAGUAAGGAGGAGGCAGUCCAACGACAAAAAGGAACUGAAGAGGCGGAAACAGCGUAAAAGCAAAGUUCUGGCAGAAGCAGAGAAGAUCGGUAUUCGGAAAGGUCGUUUCGAAACUAUUCCACACUUUGUGCGUCGCGUCGAACGAAUGACCUACGCUGCCGUAAAGGAUCACGAAAUGUUGGUCAAGCAAGGCUUGGCAGGACGAGAUGAAUCAGAAAUCGCGGCUGAUUUCAAGCUGUUGGAAGAAAAGGAGAAAAGAAGAAAAGAGCAAAAGAAAAACGAGAUUCAAAACAAGAUAAAAGCGGCUCGAGAGAAACGAGAACGUGAGGCUAAAAUAAAAGAGGAAAGACUAAAAGAGAAAGAAGAGAGGAAAACUAAACGAAAAGCAGAAGCUCUCGGAGAUCAGGAUAUGGUUGAAGUAACACUGGAGAAAGAUGAAGAAGGCGAUGACUCGAUCAAUGCUGAAUCGUCUCAAGUAACUGAAGAAGGUGGUGUGCUAAAAAAGAAGAAAAAGAAGUUAGGAGGAUCGGAUAAGGUUCGCGAAAAGAAGAGGAUAGCUGCUGAACAGGCUCGUAAUGAAGCAAUCCUGAAUCAGAGAGAAGUGAUCGCAUUUGGUGAACGGUACGAUGCACCGCCAGAAUUUAAAGGCGCAAUGAAGAAGGAAAUGAAUCCUCUUAUGGCUAAGGCCGGUGCCAAAAAGCUGCUUCUACACUCGCUUCUACAGCAGAAUUCAAGCAGUUCGAAAACGAAGUAUUUGGAAGAUGACAAACGAGAAAAGCCCGGAGAAUUGGAUCGUCUGCGGGUCAUUGAAGCGUAUCGAGAAAUGAAACGGAAAAGAAGAAUGCCGAUGGAAUGA